AUUCAUGGACAGCAAACAGAUGGUGUGAAACUUGAGUUUGCAGAGGAAAAUGUGGCAGAAGAGGAAUCAGGGAUUUUGUCGGUUCGCUCUCAGGCUGGUUUAGAGAGCACUGACACAGACAUCAGUCAUGAGAGUGAGCUGUCUUCUCUGCCAGAGAGUGAAGACAGUAAAAAACAUGAAAAGCAGUUUCAGGGGUUAGAGAGCCCUGUGAAUACCUUAGAGCAGCAGCUGAAAGCAACUGAAGUUCAUUGUGGAACAGAGAUCCUGACGGUUCAGGGAAGCAUUGAGACCAUCCAUGGACCACCAGCACAUCCAAGGAACAAGAAAGUAGAAAAUAACAACAUCCAAGAAUUAGAAAAACAAGCCAUCAUUGAAGAUUUACAGGAAAUAAUAAAAGAAGAAGGAAAUAAAUCUGCUGCCCUGCAGAAUGAGUUAGAAACUGAUAAAUUAGUAGGAGACUUAAAAGAACAGCUUAGAGAAAAGGACCAAGAGACCCAAAGCUUAAAACUGGAGCUAGCCAAUUGUAAAGAAAAAGAGAAACACUGCAUUUUAGGAAUUAAAGAGUUCAAGGGGAGAGUAGAAGAACUCCAGAAGAAAGAUUACAAAGAUAACCAUACAGACACUGGCAAAGAGCAGAGCACAGAGAGAGAAACAAGUAGGAAUGUAGAUCACCUCCAAGUGGAGCUAGAUGAAAUGUAUGGAAGAGAAAUAAUGCACAUGAAAGAAGAAUUAAUGAGACAAAACAAAUCUAAGAUGGAGGAUCUUAAAUCCCACCAAGAAGGUGAAAUGGAAACUAUCUUGGUAUCAUAUGCACGUACUACACUAGGUGAAGACAAAGAGCCUGUACAGGUGCUCAUUGGACGACUUCAAAAGGCAGUGUCUGAGGAGUGCUGCUCUGUGUCAAAGAGUAUGCAAGCUUUUCUUGAUGAACACUGUUGUCCUUUAAACUGUGAAAUGAAUAUAGAAGACAAAGAGAAUUCUUUUGAAGGGUAAACUUGCAAGAAUAUAGAUACCAAG